AUGUCUGUACCAAGAUUCCAAAAAAUAAACUUUGGAACAUAUGACAAUUACAUUCCAGUCAGUGAAUUAAGCAAAAAAUCAUGGAAUCAGCAACACUUUGCCCUGGGAUUUCCCAAACCACCACGGCCAGGAAAAAAAAGGAGAUCAAAACCUUCCCAACUACGAGCCAGUGCAGAAGCUUCUAUAUAUCGUGACGACAGUUUAAAGGAAAUGUCUGGACGACCAUUAUGGAUGCAUCGUUCUUUGAUGAAGAUUUCUGAGAGACCCUCUGUUUAUUUAGCUGCUAGGAGGCAGCCUCCAGGGAAACAAAGUCGUCGUCCCAAGGAGGACGCUAAAGCAGCAGGUGGAGAGAAACCGUUAUCUGCACUAAAAAGUAAAAAAGGUGAAGACAAGAAAGUAGACAAAGAUAAAUCAGACUCAGAAGGAGAAUCUAAAGAUUCACAGGAGCUAAAAAUAAUUAAGAAAGAGUCCAAGAAAGACAAGGUUUUAGAAAAAGAAACUAAAGAAAAAAAGGGUGAUGCACAAACAGUUGCCAAGAAAGCUUCAAAGAAAGGUGUGGAAUCAACUACAGAAUCAUCAGAAGGUGAAAAACCGGCUGCAAAGAAAGAGAGCAAAAAAGAACAGAAGGCUCCAAAGAAGGGCCUGGAAUCAACUACAGACUCAGAAGGCGAAAAAGUGGCUGUAAAGAAGGAAUCCAAAAAAGAUCGGAGAGUUUCGAAGGCGGGCGCACAGCUAGUUAUUGACUCAGAAGCUGUAGACUCAGAAGGUGAAAAAGAGGCUGCAAAGAAAGAAUCCAAAAAGGAUCGGAGAGUGUCAAAGGCGGCCACGCAAAUAGCUGCAGACUUAGAAGGUGAAAAAGCAGCUGCGAAGAAGGAAUCCAAAAAGGAUCGGAGAGCUUCAAAGGCGGGUACAGAAUUAGCUAAAACAUCAGAUGAUGACAAGAAAGAUGCCAAAAAUGUUAAGAAACCUUUAAAGAAGGGGAAGGAUUCAAGUAUGGACUCUGAAGAUGAAAAAAAAGAAGGGAAGAAGGACAAGGAGGGGAAAAAAGAGGCAAAGAAAUUGACUGAGAAAAAUGAUUCAAAGGACAAGAAAGAUGCAAAGAAAGAUGUCAAGAAGGAGGGAAAUAAAAAAGAAAAGAAAGAUGAAAAGAAGCCCAUUGGGACAGAAAUCGAAUUAAAGGAUGGUACAAAGAAAGAGGCCAAGAAAGAUGUCAAGAAAGAUGUCAGUGCAGAAUCAGUUGAAGCAAAGAAGGAUGCAAAGAAGAACAAGUAG